UGGCUUUGCUUUUUUCGAACCUUGAGCAAGAGACUUAAAGCCUCUAAGUUCAUAUGCUCAGCCCCCAAAGGAGAAGACUAACAGUGCUAACUGUAAGGAAUUUUGCAAGGAUUCAGCUUGAUACCAUACUCUCACCAUCAGUUGCUAUCAACUCAUGGUGUGCUUGGUUUAUACUCUGGACACGGGAAAUGGAAACUACUGUUAGUGCUCUAGAGGGUCAGAGGGGAGCGCCUUCCUUUUGGCCACUGCCUGUCCCCACUGGAAGCCUUCCAGGGAGAUUGCUGUCCAAAGUAGGGGAUGAGUCCAAAGGCAGGGUCUUUCAAUCCCCCUUUUCUUUCCCCAGGUCUAGGGAGUGAGACCAUAGAGAUGUCUCAGCCGGUGGACUUGGACCGUGCCCCACAGGCCCAGGAGCUGGGCUUCAAAGAUGAGGAAGAAUUGGCCCCAGGUCAGGAAGUAGGCCAUUCCUCCCUCAAACCGGAAGGCAUCCAGACUUGGGAUGACUUGUGGGUCCAGAGAGAAGGCCCAGGCAAGCCCCAGCCCCAGGACCGAGGCCCCCGGCUCUUGGGCGAACCACGCUGGGGCCAGGCGGGAGACCGGGCUGCUGUGUGUGGGGAGUGUGGCAAGAGCUUUCGGCAGAUGUCGGAUCUGGUGAAGCACCAGCGGACCCACACUGGGGAGAAACCGUACAAGUGCGGUGUGUGCGGCAAGGGCUUUGGCGACAGCUCUGCCCGGAUCAAACACCAGCGAACUCACAGCGGGGAGAAAGCUUACCGAGUCCGGCCCCCUGCCCAGGGCCCCCCAAAGAUUCCGCGGCCCCGGAUUCCUGCUGGUGAACGCCCCACCAUCUGCGGUGAAUGCGGCAAGAGCUUCCGACAGAGUUCGGACCUGGUGAAGCACCAGCGGACGCACACGGGCGAGAAGCCCUACAAGUGUGACAUCUGUGGCAAGGGCUUCGGGGACAGUUCUGCCCGGAUUAAGCACCAGCGGACACACCGUGGGGAGCAGCCCCCCCGGCCGGUGGUACCUCGCCGGCGGCCGUCUCAGGCAACCACAGCUGCAGCGCAGGGGCCCAAGGCCCAGGACAAGCCAUAUGCCUGCACGGAUUGUGGCAAGAGGUUUGUGCUCAGCUGCAGCCUCCUGAGCCACCAGCGGAGCCACCUGGGGCCCAAGCCCUUCGGUUGCGACGUGUGCGGGAAGGAGUUCGCCCGGGGCUCAGACCUGGUGAAGCACCUGAGGGUGCACACGGGCGAGAAGCCCUACCUCUGCCCUGAGUGUGGGAAGGGCUUCGCGGACAGCUCGGCCCGGGUCAAGCACCUCCGCACCCACAGCGGGGAGCGGCCUCACGCCUGCCCAGAGUGUGACCGCACCUUCAGCCUCAGCUCCACCCUCCUGCGCCACCGCCUCACCCACAUGGGGCCCCAGGACUUUGGCAUCCCAGGCUACCCUCUGGCCCCCCUCAUCCCCAGCCCGCCCCCCAGCUCCAGUCCCCCCGCACCUCCUCUUGGCACCAGCCCCCCACUAACACCUCGAAGCCCUCCACACUCAGGUGAUGGGCCUUUUGGCCUGCCCGGCUUGGAGCCAGAGCCCGGGGGUCCCCAGGCUGGGGAGCCGCCCCCGCCGGCCCCGUUGGCAUGCGACAAGCCUCAUAAGUGCCCCGAGUGCGGCAAGGGCUUCCGGCGGAGCUCGGACCUGGUGAAACACCAUCGCGUGCACACAGGGGAGAAGCCCUACCUCUGCCCCGAGUGCGGCAAGGGUUUUGCCGACAGCUCCGCCCGCGUCAAGCACCUCCGCACCCACCGUGGCGAACGGGCCCGCCCUCCCCAGCCCUCCACGCUCCUGCGGCCCCAUAACCCACCCGGCCCAGCGCCCACUGGCCCGCAGUCCCGAGUCCGGGCCCAGCCCUCUGCACCCAGCCAGCCCCACGUCUGCGGCUUCUGUGGGAAGGAGUUCCCCCGGAGCUCAGACCUGGUCAAACAUCGUCGCACACACACCGGGGAGAAGCCAUACAAGUGUGCAGAGUGUGGCAAGGGUUUUGGUGACAGCUCUGCCCGUAUCAAGCACCAGCGGGGCCACCUGGCUCUGAGGCCCUUUGGGACAGGAGAUGGUCGGGCAAGACCCCUCAAGGAGGAGCCACCGACAGGACUGGAAUGAUCAGAGCCCAGAACAGGUAGCGGCCCAGGAGGCCACAGGGAGGGGGGUCUGCUGCUUAAGACAAGGAAGGGCCGGGGAGGAGGUGGGAGGGAGGCGGAGGGGAAGAAACGGAAGAGGGACUAGGUAGAAACGAGAUCCGGAGACAAUGACCUUGAAGCUCAGGGAACUGACCUGGCUGGGCUCAGUCAGGACCUUGCCAGUACGGGCUGUACCCCCAGCUUCUAGAACACUGCCUGGCAUACAGUAGGCACUCAAUAAAAUACUUGUUGAACGAAUAAACUGGCACUUGCCAGCCUGAAUUCCAA